CCCAAGCCCGGUUCGAGUAAUCGUCGCUGGGUGUUGGCCGUGAGCGGGAAUCGAACCCGGGUCGCCGGGUUCAUAGCGCAGCGCGCUAACCGCUACACUACCGCUCCCCUAGACACGCGCGCGUACGCACAGACGCGCACCGUUUCACGUGUAACGCGCUGCCUCGAACCCCCCGUACCCCGCCCCUGCUCCGCCUCUGUUCCCCUCGCUCCUACCCGUCCCGGACCGAUCGCAUCCUCUCCGCCGCGCGACGAGCGCACAGAGCGAGAGAGAAUAGAGAGAGAAGAGAGAGAAGAGAGAGAGACGGAGAGAGCCGGGGGCUUCCUCCACGGUGUUCACGACCGCGCCACGCCGGACCCGCGAGCAUCAUCAUCUCCUCCUCCUCUUCCUCCUCCGCCUCCAGCCGCAUCAGCAACGGCCGCAGCUUGUACCCCGGCUCCUAAGCAGGAUGUCAGCCAAAGAUCGCCGCAUCGAUUCCAACGGGGGCUCAUACAUCAAGACGGAGCCGUCGAGCCCCAGCUCCAUGCUGGAUGGCAUCUCCAGCAGCCACCACAGCCCCGGUGGCUCCUCCGACGGCAGCGGCAGCUACUCCACCGCCGGCAGCAUCAACGGCCACCACCAUCAUCACCAUCACAAUCACCACAACCACCACCAUCACCACAACCACCACGGCCUGGACUCGCCCCCCGUGGGCUUCCACGGCAUGCCCAACGCGGCGGUGCCGCGCCGGCGCUACGAGGACUGCUCGGCUGGAGUGGGGGGUGGAGGCCCCCCACAGCUCACGGAUGACCCCACGGCCAAAUGCGAGUACAUGCUCAACGCCAUGCCCAAGCGCCUGUGCCUGGUGUGCGGGGACGUGGCGUCCGGCUACCACUACGGCGUUGCCUCGUGCGAGGCCUGUAAGGCCUUCUUCAAGCGCACAAUCCAAGGGAGCAUCGAGUACAGCUGCCCGGCCACCAACGAGUGCGAGAUCACCAAGCGGCGCCGCAAGUCGUGCCAGGCGUGCCGCUUCAUGAAGUGCCUCAAGGUGGGCAUGCUCAAGGAAGGCGUGCGUCUCGACCGGGUGCGAGGAGGGCGACAGAAGUACAAGCGACGGAUCGACGCCGAGAACAGCCCCUACCUCAACCCCCAGCUGGCGCAGACAGUCAAGAAGCCCUGCAACGGGAGCCUCGUGAACAAGAUCAUCUCGCACCUGCUGGUGGCUGAACCCGAGAAGAUCUACGCUAUGCCCGACCCCACCGUGCCCGAGGGAGACAUCAAGGCCCUCACCACGCUGUGCGACCUGGCCGACCGCGAGCUUGUGGUCAUCAUCGGCUGGGCCAAGCACAUUCCAGGCUUCUCCACGCUGUCGCUGGGCGACCAGAUGUCGCUGCUGCAGAGCGCGUGGAUGGAGAUCCUGCUGCUGGGCGUCGUGUUCCGCUCGCUGCCCUACGAAGACGAGCUCGUGUGGGCCGAGGACUACGUGAUGGACGAGGAGCUGUCCAAGGUGGCCGGUCUGCUCGACCUCAACUCCGCCAUCCUGCAGCUCGUGCGCAAGUACAAGGCCCUGAAGCUCGACAAGGAGGAGUUUGUGGCGCUGAAGGCCAUCGCCCUGGCUAACUCUGACUCGAUGCACAUCGAGGACGGAGAGGCGGUGCAAAAGCUUCAGGACGUUCUGCACGAGGCGCUGCAGGACUUUGAGGGCAGCAUGCACGGCGAGGACGCCCGGCGCGUCGGCAAACUGCUCAUGACGCUGCCGCUGCUCCGGCAGACGGCGACGCGCGCCGUGCAGCACUUCUACUCUGUCAAACUGGAGGGCAAGGUGCCCAUGCACAAACUUUUCCUCGAGAUGCUGGAGGCCAAGGUCUGACCGGACCUUGAGCGGCGCUUAGAAAAAAAAGUAAAAAAAAAGGAGGAGCGCCCUUUCGGGGUCGGCCGUUGUACGGACGGACGGACAACAAUUGGGGGGAGGGGGAGGGGGGGUAACGCGCGGCCGUUCGCUCCCUUUCAACUACGGAAAUUCCUUGCACUUGACGAUGUUGAUGGACGCUCUUGUAAAGGACGGAGGCUCCGCUGGGACCCUUUGCGCGGGAGGCCCGUCGUUACGCCCGCCAGCGCGGCGGCGCCUCGCCCGCGUGCGUGUUGUCGAGGAUGUCCUGCUCGUGGGGGCGGCUGCGCGGAGGAGUGGAGCUUCCACGUUUGUAAAUGAAGCACAGAAGAGAGCAACACUGCCCAACCCGCCUGUGGUUUCUUGACCUCCUGCCGGGGUGGCAGGCGCUGGUACGCGUGGACAGCGGCAAACUCGGAGACUGCGGAUCCAAUAGGAGCUACCCUCACUCACCGACUGAGGCGUAGCAGUGUUAUUUAAAUCAAGGAUACCUAUUUAAUAAAAAAAAGAUGAAUAAUUCUUAUAUCUAAAUACAUCAUAAGUUCCGAUAGGUAGUCAUCAAGUCUUCCACAUUGUUGUUGUUAUGUUCCCGUGUGCAGACGUUAUGCAAUUUGUAAUAUCGGUGCUGCUUUUUUUGUGUUCACUUAAAAUGUGUACUGCUUUGCUUAUUUAACACAAGUGAUUAAUUUAUGUAAAUUCUGUAAACUUUGAGUUUCAAUCUCAGGAUUAAUUCCUUCAUAUUCCAACCGUGUCAUUUUAAUUACAUGUAGGACUACUUGUAGAUAAUAUUGUAAAAUAAAUGCACAAAUCAGGUCUAAUUAUUAAUAAUGGCAGUGUUAGUGCAUCUGUUAGCGGUUUUGAGUGCAGAGUGAGGCGUCACGGCAGCUAUGAUCUUGAGCUAGCUGUUACAGCCUCGGCCAGCACCAUAACACACAGCCUUGCACUGAAACAGCAACUGCACACCAGCAGACAACAGCACCAUAACACACAGCUUUGCGCUCGCCAACAGCCAGUGUCCAGCAGCACACUGCACCACGACACACCGAAAACAUAGCAACUGAGCACGUGCGGACAAGACUUUGAAAGAUCCUCCGCGUACGCAGAUGUCCAUGUCCUGACUGACGAUGGCACUGCUACCAAUGACGAUGCAAGCAAUAAUUGGAGAAUUGAAGCAAAGUCGUAACAUUCAGAACGAGAACGCACAACACGGGUAAUUUUAGUCUUUAAAUUUAGUGGUACAUUUUGGAUCGGGUUUAUGCCACGUGUUUGGCCAAUGGGUGAUGUCCCCCCGUGCAAUUACGAUGGUCAAAACGGCCGCGUGGCACGCCAAAUGGAAAAUGAUUGGUGCCUUUUUUUGGAAGGGAUCGGCUCGGCUGUGUGCUGUGGUGUUGGCUCGAAAACAAGAACAACAACAAAAACUCCUGCAAAUGUGUGACCCCCAUCGUCUGUCUCCCGUUUUGAGUGUAGCUUUGACUGUGGUGUACUGUGCAAGUCACUUAGAAACAGGGUAGGCUAGUGUUUCCGUCAUGAAUGUGAAGUUUAUAUGAUAUAGCUGCUGUAAAAUUAUUAUGUCGAGUACAGGUAGAUUUAUUUAAAACCUCUUGUGUCAAUCUUCCAUGUCAAAUAAUAUAACUAUUGUACGGAUUUAAAUAAAGGGACAUUUGUGUAAUGUAAUAUAACAGAUAAAAUACUCGUGUACAUUUUAUAAACAAAAGAUGUUUUGAUUUUUCUUUUUCGCAUUUAUUCGAUGUUGAAAGUGCUUAAUUACCAAAAAAAAUUCCGCUGUAUAUUGCAACUGAAGUACAAUACAAUGCAGCCGUGGGACGUGAAUCAGUGUUGUGUGGUGUCUAGGAAGCCAUUAGCUCGUUAUACCUGCAAGGUGGUGCCGUUAACCUGAUUGCCAACUGUAAACGUGCAUUGUUAUUCAACCCGUGCUGUUCGUGGCUAAACGCAGUGCAUUUCUUCUACUGUAUAUUCUAGAAGUCACUUUGUUAUCGAUGAAAAAAAAAGGUAAUCGCUGUAUUUGAUAUAAAAUGCGCAACUGAUUUAAAAUUGGCGUUGUAAUCCCGUUCACUUUAGACGCGUGUACUCGCCACGUGUAGUCAGUCGACACCGGUGCUGGUCUCCCUUUCUUGGGUCCGUGGUCUUGCAGGACGUGAAAGCUUUUGGUAUUGAAAUCCAACUUUAAAGCGUGAUCGUGACGGUUGUAAUUUUUGAACACGAUGCGCCGGCUAUUUAAGGAGACAAUGACAAAGUCUAUUGAAGUAAAAGAACAACUGCACAUUGAUGCCCCGUUCGUAUGUUACAGGACAGUGGGAAGCUGCGGAGAUCAGCCUUUUAAUUUACUUGUUGUUUGACGGCUGUAAUUCCAAUCAACCGGGAUCUUGUGAACUUAGUACAAAUGUAAGCUGCACAUAUACGAAUUGACGUGCAAUAUGACCACUUAUUUGCUGAAACAAAGAGGCAAACUGUUCAGCAAACCUCGGCAGUAUUGGUUCUUAAGCAAGUGCACGUGUUCCCAGCUAACAGUCAUGCAAUAUUGAAGUUGACAUGUUCCUAAGCAGCUUAGCUUGUGCCUGCUUUCAGCCAUUUGAGGAUCAUGUUCUGUCUUGCUGUGGCAGAUUGCUGGUCCGAUAAUGCAAAUAUAGCAGUGACGCAGAGCUGCUGCUGCUGCUGACAGCGCAGAGGGUGGAUUGAGUGGAGGGAUCCGGUCCGCCUGGUUCAGGGCAGCUCACGCCGGGCUCCGUGCGGCACGUGAUGCUGGGGAGAGGGGGGGGACAGGCGAGCGCCGUGCGGUGUCAGCCCGUCAGCGUAAUUCUAACCUGCGCCGAGCCGAGAAGCAGCCACGCUCGCCCAUUGACUCGGGCCUGAUAACAUCGCACAGGACAUUUGACCCAAAGAGCAACUCGUGUGCAAUGCCGAUCGACUCGACGCAAGCGGGCGAACGGAGUCAGAGCCGCGGCGUGGCCCUCCCUGCACGUGUGCCCGGGUCCACGCCUCGUGACUGCGGCGGAGGGCGAAGUCGGCCGCCACACGGGUUCGCGUGCGCACGGCCGCGCGCCCUCGCAACCCCCGUUGGUGUGCGCGCGCACGCACGCGCAGCUCCAUUAACUUUCUACUUGUCUGCUCGCAUGAAUAAAAACAAUGAUACAUUUGUACCAUCAUCAAAUUACAACUGCUUUUUGUCGAAUUAACUGCAUGUUUGUUGCUUUGUUUUCCGAGGGCCGUGACAAAAGCAUAAGCGAUGUCACGUUAGUCGGUUACAUCCAGAUUAGUUUAUUACAUGCAAAACAGUAAUGCUCGAAAUAGCAUUUCCUUGCUCCGAUUUUCUUCCCAUCCCUUGCGAAUUACAUUCGCGGCAGAUUAGGGUGCUGUCACUAAGAAAUCACCGUUUACCUCCAUGAUUCCAACAAACUACAAACUGAUAACCUAUUGGAUGAAUUUCAAAAAGCUAUCAACUGAUAUUUUCACGUAGAGGAACAGGAAGAGUUAACAAUUAUAAAUGUAAUCACAGAAUUCUCUGUGGGGUGCAAAGAGAUUGCUUCCAAUGUUUGGUCCACUGGUCUAUAACGAUGUUACACGUGUGCAGGAUACCAGCGACAACGGCUAAUGGGACUAUUCCUGCUCAGCGCGUGGCUAUCAGGGCCCUCUCCAUCACAGCC